AUGUCUAGUUUGUUGGACAAUAGCGAGUUGGAUUUGUUUGAUAAUCAACAAUCCAUUGAGGAGAUGCAGCGGGAGAUGGAUACCAAUCUUACCAUGCUCAAACAAACAAGUAUUUUGGAUGAUGAAUUUGAUGAUUUGAAUGGAUCUUUAGGAGGAUCUUUCUUUGAUCCAACAGGAAGUAAAUUAUCACCUCUUGAAAUGAGUGACAUUUUGCUUUCUCCAACAAUUCUAACGCCGAGAGCAAACCUCUCAAUGGGUGAUGAAGAGAAACGUUUUAUGGAUGGGGAAUUCUUUGAAAAGGAGAUAAUGGUAAAAAAGGAGAGGGACAAAGCAUAUUAUAUUACAAAAAUGGAUUCUCUAAUGCCAGACAUCAAAUAUGAAACUCCAAGUGGAAAUCUAAUUGAAAAGAAAGGUGUAAAUAAUUAUUUAAUUAAUGAGAAGUAUAUUCAUUACCCUUCUCCGUUAGGAAAUUCUGCAAAACUACUCAACCUUAAACCUGGAUCUCAAAAAGACCUUCUAACAGAGGAUAAGGUUUUACCCAAUAUUAGUGACAGAAAAUCUGUUGCUCAUAACAUUAGAUUGAUGGCUGCCUCAAAAUUACUGAGCGAGGCUCAAGAAGACGAAAGUGGAGAGUGGCUUUUUACUCCUAACAUUCAAGGCAAUCCAAAAACUCAAAUAACAUUCUCAGUGCCCGGCUCCAAAGUAGAAAAAAAGGAGGAAGACGACUUUUUAAUUGGAGAUUCUUCUGAGGAUGAGUUUUUCCAAGCUUCCCCAGUUCUUGAAGACGAGUCAAAAUAUGUAAAUGAUGAAAAAGCAAAGAAACAAGCCACAAUUGAAACAAUUAACCAACCUCCACCCCCUCAACCAGUAAUAAUAACAAAAUCUAAACCAAAAACAAAAACAAAUGCCGUUGAUCCAUUAAGGAGAUCGGAACCUUCAAAACCAAUUAAGGAUAUGGGAUAUAAGCCUCAAUUUUUCAAUCCAACCGAUGAAAUUAAAUGUAAAGAACCCUCAGAAAAGAAGAAGCAACAGUGGGAUAAGACAAGUACAGCCAAUACAUCGAGUGGUAGUAUUGGUUCAACUGCUGUUAAGAAACCAAGUCUUAAAGAUGCCAUACCCACAAAUUCCACAAUGUUUCCACCACCAUCAGCCCAAAAUUCACCUCGAAGAGGAAGUAUAUCAUCACUUACAUCCAUAGUAACUGAUGUAAGGAAGAGUGUGGAAAGAGUUCCUGUAAAUACUCAAAUACAAAGAGUGAAAACUCCAACAAUAGGGGACAUGAAAGCAAAGAAGAAACCUUCUAGGCCCAACACAACUGGAAAUUCUAAAAGUUUCACCACAUCUCGGCCAAACAGUCCUCUUACAGUUGCAACUUCUUUGCCUGAAACUAAACAAGAGCUAGAUCAAUAUGAUGUCACUGAUACGUUUAGUGAAAUAAGUACUGCGGAGAGUGUUGAAAUGUAUGACAAUGAUUUUUCUUCUUUUGAAGUGCACGAUAGAAGCCAACCAAAAAAUUGGAAACUAAUGCAGUGGAGAAGGGAAAACUACAAGGAAAGAACACGAUCAUCUUCAUUCUCUAAAAUGAGUGGUGAGUCCAAGUCUAGUACUCCAACACCAGUUGGAUAUAUUUCUGACGUUUUCUAUUCUCCUCCAACCAGUCCACAACACAAGCCCUCCUAUGAUUCCAUAGUUAUAGCUCGAGACUUUGUUAUGGAAGUAAUAGAUAUGAGCUUUAACAAGGCUAUUGAAAAGAGAUCUAUUGAGCAACAUUCAAUAGCAUUUUUUGGAAAAACUGAUGUUACCAGAUACGUUGAUGAUAUAAUAUCUUCCUCACACCAUAAUUCUUAUAGACUUAUACUCAAUGUCAGUAUUUCUCUUUUCCUUGACAAAAAGCUUACUGAGCUUGAUUGGGUUGAGGAAGAUGUGCCUUGUUUUGUAGAGUUUUACAAGAUUUUUGAAAAUGACCCUUCAAGAAAUCAAUCAUUAUUCAAAAUAUUUGCAUUCUACUAUUCAUUUGUAAACGUGGGAGGAGGAUCUAAUUUGUUGGAAAGAGAUGAGCUGUCCAAAUCCUUCUAUUACAAUAUUGAUGUUGUGCAGAACAAUAGAACUAUACCAUUCGAAAGAGGAGCCAAAUAUGAGUGGAAAUUACGAGAAAAUCUCUAUUUACCAGUACCUUUUGCUGAUAGAAAACAAAAGUUGGAGCCACACCCAAUGGAUCCAUCCCUUCAGUCUACAUUCUUUUCUCUUUUUCAUAUCAAGGAUUUGAAAGGUCCAGAAAAUGAAAAGUACAUCACACCAUACCAGCUAUCUCCUCCACAAACUCCAGUCAAGGAAAAACCCUCCUCCAGUAACAGUGCUCUCAAAACUGAUGAGAAUAUUUUUGCAGUCAACCUUAAUGCUUCUGAGUCCAACUCUCCUCCACUCACUAAACAGAAUAAUCAAACGAAGAAUGUUAAUGACACUCUUCACACAGAUGAUAUUCAACUAUCUCCUAUUUUCAUGCCACCAACACCACUCCCAAAUAAGAACCCAGGAAAACCAGUCCAAGAAAAGGAGGCUAAGUGUUGUUCGAUCAUGUAA